AUGGACGACGAAGCUAUAGAAAAUCAGCUUAUUCUGGACGUAUCCGAGUUCGAAGAUGAUGACGGCGAUGAUGAUAUCGAUGAUGUGGAUUAUCGACCUCAGGGCCGAAAUCGUCAAUCGGACAAUUCAGCAGAAUCGUCUUCUGAUUCUGAAGGUGAGCUUACAGUUUCAAGUCCUGCGAUUUCUAAUUCUUCUGUUACGCGUGGGAGGAGCUUACAGCGUCGAGGUGGCCGUUGUGGUCGAAGAAUUUUUUCGAUUUCUAGAGCAAGUAGUAGAAGAGCAAGUUCAUCUCGUGGGAGAUUGUACCAGCAAGUGGAAGCUGAAGAUAACGAGGAUAUUGGCAAUGACGAUGGACAAUUUGGAGGUUGGAAAGAAAAAGAUUUUAAUCCUGAUAUAAUUCCUUUUAUGCAGCCAUCGUAUUUACCUCUUAUUGACGAAAAGUUCUGUAAAAUUGAUUAUUUUCGUCGAUACGUAAAUGAUGAGCUGAUGCAAAUUAUCGUAGAUAGAUCCAAUGAGAUGUAUCUAUCAAGAAACGGCCAGUUUUUAAAUUUGACACUUCCCGAGUGCUACAUUUUUAUUGCAAUUAAUUUAGCCAUGUCUUGUAUUGGAUAUCCAAUUCUCCGAAUGUACUGGCAACACAAAUUUCGUGUCGCUUUUGUAGCUGAUAAUAUGUCUCGGAACAGAUUUUUCAUUCUUCGGAAUUCUUUAAAACUCGUUAAUGACAACGACUUUUCUGCCGAAGAUAAAAGUAAAGACAAGCUUUGGAAAGUUCGCCCUCUUAUCAAAGAAAUUCUCAAGGGUUGUCAUUCCAUACCAAAGGAUCAAAAACUGUCAAUUGACGAAAUGAUAAUUCCUUUUACGGGCGCCUGUGGGAUGAAGCAAUAUUGCCCAGGUAAACCUAAUCCUACAGGUUUAAAAACUUUUGUCUUGGCGAAUCCCACCGGAGAAGUGUGUGAUUUUGAUAUAUAUCAAGGGGCGACUACAUAUCCUUCUUAUGCUGAUACAUCAUUCGGGUUGGGAGAGAAGGCAGUUCUUGCCUUAACGGAGGAUUUGUUGCCGGGACAUAUAAUUUACUGUGAUAGGUACUUUACCACCGAGACACUGAUUGUGGAAUUAAAAAACAGAGGCCUGAUGUGCGCUGGUACAUUGAUGAAGAAUAGAGUACCUAAGUCCGCAAGAUUAAUACUCAAAGAGGACAAAGACUUAAAGAAAGCAGGGAGAGGGAGUUGUCAGGUAUUGGUCAACGAUGAGAAGAAUAUAGCUAUAACUAAAUGGUUUGAUAACAAACCUGUCACUUUCCUGUCUACUGUGCAUGCUGCCCAAACUUCCGACACCUGUCAAAGAUGGUGUAAACAGAAUAAAGUGUAUGUUACUGUACCAAGACCGGAAGUAGUAAAACAAUAUAAUUCUAAUAUGGGAGGAGUCGAUCUUGCUGAUCGUCUCUUAGCUGUAGCGCCGUCUAGAUAUCGAACAAGAAAAUGGACAACGCGAUUUAUCGCACACAUGUUUGAUUUGGCUACAACUAAUUCAUGGUUAAAUUAUAAAGCAAAAGAGUUACGCAAAAAUGUCCCGGUGAAAAAAAAUCAGCAACUGAGGAGUUUUAAAAUGGAAAUAGCCGAAACUUUAGUAACUGCUAAUUUCACCACUAGUUCCGAAACAGAAGACGAAGAACAGUCUCGACCUAAACGCUCUAGACCAGCUGUACCGCUUCCCAGCGCCAGUUCAAGAACUCAUGGUGCACUCCAUUUGCCAUCGGCUGGAGAAGUUCAAAACAGGUGCAGAAGACCAGGAUGCAACAAGAAAAGCACAAUUAUAUGCAAGAAGUGCAACAUUCACUUGUGCCUAACUAAAGAACGUAAUUGUUUUUAUAACUUCCACACUGAGAUUUAUUGA